GAGUGAGUCUUCUUCCUAAAACAAACCAUCUACUGCGGGGUGUAAACAAGAGCUAAAGAGAGCUAAAGUUAACUUAAGCACGUCGUUAAAAACAUUGUUUUGUAGCUGUUAGACGAGAGUGUCACGACUCACAGUGAAGCGGAAAUGGAGGAAGACAUAUUAACGACGCUGAAAAUAUUGAUAAUAGGAGAAAGUGGUGUUGGAAAGUCUAGCCUCCUCUUACGAUUCACAGAUGAUACAUUUGACCCUGAACAGGCAGCUACAAUAGGUGUUGACUUUAAAGUGAAGACCAUUUCUGUAGAUGGAAACAAAGCAAAGUUGGCUAUCUGGGACACUGCUGGACAGGAGCGUUUUCGGACCCUGACACCUAGUUACUACCGCGGUGCCCAGGGAGUCAUCUUGGUGUAUGAUGUCACACGGCGAGAAACCUUUACCAAGCUUGAUAACUGGCUCAAUGAACUUGAGACGUACUGUACAAGGAAUGACCUCGUGAAGAUGCUUGUUGGAAACAAAAUUGAUAAGGAAAACCAUGAGAUGGACAGGGCCGAAGGGCUGAAGUUUGCAAGGAAACAUUCCAUGCUUUUUAUAGAGGCCAGUGCGAAGACCAGAGACGGCGUCCAGUGCGCGUUUGAGGAGCUGGUGGAGAAGAUCAUCCAGACUCCUGGUUUAUGGCAGAGUGAGAGCCAUGGCCGAGGCGUCCAGCUCACUGACGAGGAUGCGGGCAACGGAAGUUGCGGCGGCUACUGCUCCCUGGUCUAGACAACACGGCCGCGUUCAGAUGUACACCCGUGAAUACAACA